UCCAAAAACAGCCCAGCAGAAACCGUUCAUUACGCUGCAGCUCUGAGAGCGCGGUGAGGGCCCACGAAGGGGGAAACCGGCAGGCUCGCCAAGACCAGCACAAAGGCCGGGCCGGAGAUGAUGGCCGGACGUAGAGGAUGAGUGUCCUGGUUCCUGUCGUUCACCCUCCAAAGAUUCAGGAGCAACGGUCGACAGCUGAGUGAAGUCUUCAUCCAGCUCCCGUCCCGUAAGGAGCUGCCCGAGUACUACGAGCUCAUCCGCAAACCUGUGGACUUCAGGAAGAUCAAGGCUCCAAACACCGCCUCAGACUGCAUCCACCUGCACCGUGCAACACAAGAUGGAAACGUAUGCGCGCUGUGCCAUACCUUCAGCUCGUGGGGAGAUUUGACGCUCCUGCUCUCGCCUUAUUGGAACCACACAACGCGCGCGGGCCUGUUUCCAAUCUGAAGACAUGCGUGAUGAAUUUGGAAAAUCAUCUGCAGCUUUGCUGGUACCAUAUAGCCCACCCAGUCCGGACCCAGUCCCCCUCUGCCCCGAGGUAUCAAUACGAUUAGAGGCAGGAAAUGUGGGAAUCCCCAACAAAGGGCUCCAUCAUUAAACACAAACAACCAGAGGCCUCCCAACAAUACCAAAAGCGCCCUCCUCUCCUCACUCCUCUUUUAUGUCUGAGCAAGUGAAACUCUAUUACUUUCAUCCCGUUAUUACCACUCUGCCUUCAGCUGCCCAUUAUUAGAGAAGAUAAUCUGACGGGGUUACAUCGGAUUUUGUCAGGAGGACAGAGGGUGUGGGUCUCUGAUGCGCAGAUCUCAGGUUAAACAAAUCAAAUAUUGUUUCUUCUCCGUUUCACACAUGCUUAUAUUUAUCCCUAUCCCCCCUCAAAGCCUGGCUGUUGCUCCUGUAAACGCAGAAACAGGAAUAAACGCAGCCUCCAUGCACGCAGGCAACAAAUUAUUAUUUUCAGGAGGAGAACAAAAUCAGUCAUUGCAGGUUUAUCCUCAGCUGAACGUCUGAAAACGUGUAAUUGUGCUUCAAGUGUGCGCGUAAAGAGCGGCUGCUGCAGCCUCCGCGGGGAUUAAAGCUUAAGUCUCAGCCUCACGUAGAGAGGUGUUUGGGGGAUUUUCCCCGCAGUGUUUAUAUUCAGGAUAGUGAUCUGAUGUCACCAAAGCUUAUUGGAAUGUUAAAUUUCUAUUUAAGGUCAUUUUAGAAUUAUACUCAGUAACAGCUGCAGCUCAGGGUCAAACGGGAAGCUUGGUUUCUUUUUGUCUGGGGAAAAAAACGCAUUUUACGCAAACUUUUUAAAAACUUUUUAACCUGAAAUUAAUCUCUUAAUAAUUUAGAAAUGAUCUACUUUAAGGGGUGAAUACUGUGUUUAAAAUUAAAGGCCUUAUUCGUUAAAAUAAUAAUAAACAAAUUAAAUUCUCGAUCAUUUAGGAAAGAAACUUUUUCAUCUUCAACCACGUCCUUAUUUGAUUCUUUAUUUUAUUCUCUCCUCUUGUUUUUUAAAACUUUUAUUGGAGUUAAUAUUUUUGAGACACAAUCUGAAAUCAACACUUGAUAAUAAAAAGUCGUUGCUCUCUAAAAACACUCUUCCUCUGAGAGAUGUUUUCAUGAAUGAAUCUGUGCCGUCCUCGUCGACUUGGCACCGCAGCGCUGAUGAUGAGCGCGCGGGGAGGCUGGUAUCUGGACCUGCUUGGUACCCUGUGCGUCGUUUUCAUUGGUCAGGAUCUUCUUCCUGGAGCCUCGACGUGACAUCACAUCCACCCGACCCGCAGGAACGCAGCAGAGAUUACAGAUGAUGCUGGACAUCUCGGAGGACGCACACACUUUUACGCUUUACGCACGAUCGCCUGCUGACCGCUGCUCUGCGCUUUAAAGGAACAAAAAGAAAGGAUACACGUGUGGAUGCGCUGCGGUUUGGACACUCUGCUUCCCUGAGAGAAGGAGGAGGAUUGUGUUUGGGUUUUGUUUUGUUUUUUCUGAAUGGAAAUGAGUCGUGCGUAAAAUCUGUUGAUCGCUUUUCAGAGCAGGGCUGUCACUCCUCCACCUGUUGGCAGGUGGUGUUGGCUUUACCCGCGGACUUCUACUAUGACAUUGGGUUUGGACAUCAUGGAGGAUAUUGUUAUCGACGUGGUAGGGGAAGGAGUCAAGGACAGCGGAGAGGAGCAGCUCUUACCUCUGGAUGAGUCCCAGAGCGAGCACGAGCGCAGCACCGAGACCUCCAGCAGCCUGAGCACAGAGCGGGACAGCUUCAGCCCCGAACCGGCCUGUCCUCCGGGGAAAAGCAAAGGUCCUGCGUCCGUGAAGCCUCCGUACUCUUACAUCGCUCUGAUCACGAUGGCGAUCCUGCAGAGUCCGAAGAAGCGGCUCACCCUCAGCGAGAUCUGCGACUUCAUCAGCCAGCGCUUCGCUUACUACCGGGAGAAGUUCCCCGCCUGGCAGAACUCUAUCCGGCACAACCUGUCGCUGAAUGACUGCUUUGUAAAGAUGCCGAGAGAGCCCGGGAACCCAGGCAAGGGGAACUACUGGACCCUGGACCCGAACUCCUCGGACAUGUUCGAGAACGGGAGUUUUCUGCGGCGCAGGAAGCGCUUCAAGCGGCAGCAUUUCCGCUUCGACGCGCUGAAGGAGCAACACCUGGAGCGCAGCGGACUGCACGGCUUCCCGCACUACGGGCUCCAGCUGCCCAGCCUGGAGAUCUACCCGUACCUGCACCACCACGCGCCCUCUCCGUGCGCCACCAUCCCACCUGUCAGCAGCAUCCUGCCCGCGCUCUCCAGCUUCUUCUCCCGCAGCGCGCUCACAGCCAAGGCGUUCCUGCAUGCGCAGCCCGGCCUCGAAGCCUUCUCCCCGGCUCAGUGCGCUGCCUACUCCCCUCCUCUGACCUCCAGCGUGGCCUACGCGUCCCCCGCGCUCUUCCACCCCGCAGCGUCCCCGCACUUCCUCAGUUUACACCAGGAGUAUCAGAAAUUACGGACUCAGCGGGACGCCGUGGAGCUCUCCAAACACAUCAGCGCUGCCACCAACGAGUAACGGAACCACCGGAGAGCAGGACUCUGACUUUCUUUUUCUCAGGUAACAGAGACACAUUUACGCAGAGACUCCUGGACAUGGACAUCUGAAGAAUCUGCUCUGCAGGAAUGUUGUAAAUAUUUUAAACUCUCCUCUUUCUCUUUGAGCUUUUUAUUUUUGUUAUUUUGAUCCUGAGUAUCUUCUGUGUUUUGAGUAUUUAAUGACGAGUUUCCUGGGCUUCUUCUUUUGGAAAAUAAAGGUGAAUAUUUAAA